AUGGGCGCAGUCAUAUCCCACCUUCGCAGCAUCUACAACACCGCCACGGCCCUCCUCCGCACCAUCUCCGCCCUCAACGCGCGAUACGGCGCCCUUUUGGCGCGGGUCCACGCGGGGCCGUUUACGCCUGUCGAGAAGCCGACGGAGUCGUUUUGGAUGCGGGAUCCGCCUUUUCCGGAGCUUGGGGAUGUGGUGGAGGAGGAGGAAGAAGAGGCGGAUGUUGUGGUUGUGGGAAGUGGGAUCACGGGUGUUUCUGCGGUGAAGACUAUUCUUGAACUGUCUUCAUCACCGAAGAUCAUGGUCCUGGAAGCACGACAGCUCUGCAGCGGCGCGACGGCGCGGAACGGGGGCCACAUCAAGUGCGCCCCCCACGAGGAGUUUGCUCGUCUGCGAAAGACGCUCGGCGAAGAAAAGGCGCGGAGAGUCGUGCGCCUGCAGAUGAGGCACCUGCCCGCGUUGAAGGAAGUUGGCGAGAGGAUGCCGUGGGGGGAGGUGAGAGAGGUUGAGACGGUGGAUUUGUUUCUUGAGGGGGUCGAUUUUGAGAGGGCGAGGGGGCAUGUUGAUGGGAUGAGGGAGUGGUUGCCGGAGGUGGAUGUGCAUGUCUGGGAGGCGGAGCAGGCGAGGAAGAAGUUUGGGGUUAAUCGUCAGGUCGUUGGCGCGAUAUCAUACCAAGCAGGCGCUCUGUGGCCAUAUCGUCUUGUCACGAGCCUAUGGCACGACCUCAUGACGAAGUACCCCGGCCUCACCAUUAGCACACACACACCCGUCUCAUCUAUUACCCCCAACGCCUCCCCAACGCAUCCCUACACUGUCCAUACUUCCCGCGGCAAGAUCCGGACGCGGCACGUCCUCCACGCCACGAACGCCUACACAGGCCAUCUUGUACCCUCCCUGCGAGGCUGUCUGACAGGUGUAAUUGGGCACAUGACCGCUCAGAAGCCAGGAGACGGCUUUGCCCCCGUGUGUCAGGGCAGGCGGUCGUGGUCUAUGAUGUACGGGACGGGAUUCGACUAUGUGACGCAGAGACCCGAUGGAGAGGAUGGGCAGCCGGGAGAGCUGAUGCUUGGAGGGGGAUUGUUUCGCAGCAAGGAAGAGGGGCUGGAUCAGGUUGGGGUGUGGGACGAUGGGAGGGUGGAUGCGUUUCCGCUGAUGCAUCUCAGGGGGAGCAUGGCGACGAUAUUCGAGCCGAGAUGGGGUGCUGGAGGGACACUGGAGGCUGCUUGGAGCGGGAUCAUGGGGUUCACGGGGGAUAUGCUUCCUUUUGUGGGAGGUUUGCCGCCUGGCGUUGGGAUUGGGAAGAGGAGGAAUGUGGGUGGUGUUGGGGAUGGGUUUGGGGAGUGGAUUGCUGCUGGGUUUAAUGGCGAGGGCAUGGUUUGGGCAUGGUUGAGUGGUGUUGCGGUGGGGAUUAUGGUGAUGGGGAGGGAGGGGGAUGAGUUGUAUGAGGGGGAGGGACGGCCGGGGGGGAGGUUGGGGGAGUGGUUUCCUGUGGAGGAGGUUUGUGUUGAUGGGGGGAGGAUGAGGAGGGCGAGGAUUGAGAAUUUGGCGAGUGAGAUUUGA